GCCGUUUGUGUUUUGUCGGUUCGUUCUUUCAAAAGAUUUCAAGCGAAUAACAGUCGCAGUUAAUCGGGAUUCACACGUCAACACUUGCAUCAAGAACCAAAAGCUCAUUGGUUUUCAUAGCUGAUCGGAAAUGAUGGAGGACAAUGACAAUGAUGAUGGGCUCGUUGCUGGGGAGGGAUUUUUCCUCGGCCAAGAAUUUGCAUCGUACAAUGAGUUUGAGGACAGGCGUUUGGCCUUUCAAGAAAAUACCUACUGCCUAUUUGUCAUGAGAAGGAGUGAAAGGUCACAGAACAACAUUUUGAAAUUUAAUAAAAUGCAGUUUGAAUGCAAACAAGCAAUGUCUACUCGACCUGCCAGAGGGAAAAAGCCACACCAUGAGUCCUAUAAAAUUGGGUGUGAGGCGAGGAUACAUGUUGCAGCAACGACCGCAGGGAGACUGAAGGUCACGGCAUUUCAUGAUGUCCACAAUCAUCCUUGUAAUGAAACUACGUAUUUUGGAUAUCCUGAAGUGCAAAGGAUGUUCUAGUCACAAGACCAAUCUCAGCUGGCAUUAAUUACCUCAGAUUUGCCAAGUCCCGCUGAGUAACUUCACCACAUCCCAUGUCCCUCAAUACUGAUCUCACGACAGAGGGUUUGACCCCACCUUUGAAGAGAAG